UUUUUUUGUGGGUUUAUUCAUUUAAUUCCACCUUAUUAAAGUCUACCGUGUAAAUGUUUUCCUUCAACCCCUUUUAUUUUCCUUCUCCAAACUGACUACUAUUACUUCUUUGAUUUUGUGCCUCCUUGUUACUCAAUUCAUCAGCCUCUAGCCAUGGAGUUGGAUUAUUCUGAGGAAAUAUCAUUUAAAAAAAGAAGAAAGCUUGAAGAUGAUCCUCCACAAGCAACAACUGGGAUGGAAAUUCUGCCGCGAGAUGUGGUUCUUGAUAUACUUUCAAGGCUUCCAAUUACAUCUUUGGUACAAUUCAAGUUUGUCUGCAAAAGUUGGCUUGCCCUGGUUCAAGAUCCACUUAUUGCAAAUCUUCAACUUUCAACCAAACCCCAUCAUGCAAACAACAAUCCAUGUCUCAUCCUUCACUGUGACUUCCCCAUCAGGAACCAACUUUACUUCAUAGAAUUUUCUGGUCACAAAGAGGAUGAAAAAUCCAAGGUAAGAAGGUUUCAUUUGCCUUUCCAAGCUAAGAUGUCUGAGUAUGAUGUAGUUGGUUCAUGUAAUGGCUUACUUGCCUUGUCUGAUUCAUUAUACAAUGAUGCAUUCUAUAUAUACAAUCCUUUCACCAGGGAUUAUAUUGAGUUGCCUAAAUCUAUGCAAUACCCUGAUCAAGAAGUUAUCUUUGGAUUUGGAUUCCAUCCUGUGACCAAACAAUACAAGGUGAUUAAAAUAGUUUAUUAUAGAAAUAACUGUAGUAAUAGCAACUACCAUCGACGUACCCGGAGAGUCACUUACCCAAGGUCAGAAGUUCAAGUUUAUACUCUAGGAAGCCCUGCCUGGAGAAGUCUUGGAAAGUUAUUACAUCAAUUUGUACGGCGGCCAUCGGAGGCUUUGGUGAACGGGAGACUUCAUUGGGUCACUAGACCUCGUAGACAUGACCCGGCUCGUAGAAUUGUCUCAUUUGACUUAGCGGAUGAGGAGUUCCGGGAGGUUCCCAAGCCUGAUUGUGGUGGGCUGAACAGGUGUAACUUUCACCUGGCAGUUCUUGGAGGGUGUCUCUCUGCAGCAGUUUAUGGCAAUUAUGGGAAAUUGGAGAUCUGGGUUAUGAAAGAUUAUAAAAAGAAUGAAUCCUGGAUUAAGGAGUUCAACAUUGGAGCUUACAUCCCAAAGGUACUCAAACAAAAUAUUGAUAGAACUUUCAGGAUUUUGAAGAAUCCUUCCAAUGGAAGAGUUGUUAGAGUUGUGUGCGCUUUAGCCAAUGGACAGAUCUUGUUAGAGUAUAAGAACAGAGUUUUGGUUUCUUAUGAACCAAAGGGCGGAAAAUUUAAGGAUCUCAUGUUUCAGAGUCUACCAAAUUGGUUCCACACCAUUGUUCAUCAGGGAAGCUUCAACUGGAUCGAUAACCCUCUUGAUACUUAACGUGCAGAAACAAAGAAGUUUUGGUGCUUCUUUUCCGCUUUGUAUAUCUGGAAGAAAGUACUUGAGGAAGAGGUGAAGAGAGUUUAAUGAUGACCAUGAAGUGCUGCAGAUCCCAGAAACUGAGAGAGUAAGCUGUAGAUAUGAGCAACUGGGCAGGUCCCUUCGUUGCUAGUAAUGACACUGCCGCCACGUACACUUCAUCUCUGCCUCUUGUUACGCCUGCUGCAUGGUGAACAGCCAUGUCCAUUCGCUUUUCAAUCCCAAGUUCAACCAUUGAGUUCUGAUAUAUAUAGGCCUAAUGAUGAAUCAAUCCAAAAACAAAAGGGAGGCCUAUUACAUUAUUAUUGUCUGGACUCUACUCUAUUGAACUGAAAACCAAUAUCAUUAUAUAAUCAGUCAAGUUUAUCUCAAAUCGGACUGAGUUUCAAUUCGAAGAUAAAGUUGUUCCAA